UGCACAAACACUAAGUAGCUUGAGUUGGUUUAAUUCCUUGUAUAUUUUUGCAUUUGUUUACAGCUCCACUGCAAAGAUGAAACAACAAUCUUGCGUCUUAUUUUCACUUCUUAUUGUCUUCGUUUAUUGCACUAUAACUUUAGCUCAGUCUCCGGCUGCUGCACCUGCACAAGGACCGGUGGCUGCAUCCCCUCCUUCUCCAGUCAUAUCACAGACACCAGCUGCAUCCCCAGCACAGGCAGCUUCAGCACCUGCUCCCACCAACGUCACUAAAAUUCUCGAAAAAUCUGGCCAUUUCACAGUCUUCAUCCGCCUUUUAAAAUCCACCCAAGAAGAAAACCACUUACUCACUGUCCUCAACAACUCAAACAAUGGUCUGACCAUCUUUGCACCAACCGACGGUGCUUUUUCGACACUUAAAUCAGGCACUCUCAACUCACUAACGGAUGAACAGAAGUCUGAGUUGGUGAAGUUUCAUGUGAUUCCUACAUUUCUAUCAACUUCCCAGUUCCAGACCGUGACUAAUCCAGUAGGAACAGAGGCUGGAAGUGGUGGCCGUGUAGCUCUCAACUUUACAACUUAUCCCAAUUCAGUGAACAUCACUACAGGACUUACCAAUACAAGCAUUUCUGGCACCGUGUACGCAGACAACCAGCUAGCCCUUUACAGGGUCGACAAGGUGCUGCUUCCUAUGGACAUUUUCACUUCUAAGCCUCCAUCUCCUGCACCAGGACCAGCACCGGAGAAAUUAAAGCCCAAGAAGGAGGCUCCUGUGGCUGAGACUCCUGUUGUUUCUGCUACUGUGACUACGUCUGGAGCUGUAAGCUCUGUGCAUUAUCAUGCGAUGCUUCUCGGAAUUUGUGUCGUUGCUGCAAUGUUGUCUUUAUAAGAUGGCCAUGCAAAAAUAGGGUUUUGUUUUUCUUUUUUUUUUUUUUUAAUUUUUUUUUUCUGAUUUGGAUUGAAUGAUGGUGAUCUGCGUUGUGAGUUCUGUUGAAUAAUUACCAAUUUUUCUAAAGAGUCCUGUAUGUAUUGUUCAAGUCUGAUUAUUUAGUUAAGAUACCUGUAAUAAAUAUUUGAGUUAUAUGUA